CCCAUGUUCACUUUCAUUAACCAAGGUGACUCAACAGAAUAUAUGGUUUAUACUCAAAUGGACUUAUUUGGGUAAGCCCAAAUGGAUAUGCCCAACUUAAGUGCAAUCUAAACUCAAUCCAAAAACAAUAAAUUGGGUCAAUUUGGGUUCGAGCCCAAUAGCCAUAUGAAUUAUUGUACUUGGGUUACAAUAGGUCGAUCUAUUGCCAACUCUAUUCUCAACUUAUGAAUUAAAAUAGUUAAAGUGAUUUAGUAGAGUGUUGCAUUCUCAAAAUGAGAUACCUAAAAGAUUUAAGUUUCUAAGAGUGGUAUUAAAACCACGUCCUUUUAGACUCAGUCUGACUAACUUAUCCAUCUUGAACUUCGAUGUAAGUUCAUUCUCCGAAGAAGACCAAUAAGGUAAACAAAUAGAUUAUUAUGUGCAUCAAAUUUAAGCUCUCUCCACAAAGUGCAUUGUAGCAAUUGCAUCGCAUUAGGGUUAAUUCAAAUUAACCAUUAGUAUGUUGUCUCUACAAUAGGAAGAAGGUCAAAGACAAUCGACUAAACAAGCUAGUAAUGACAAAUUUGUUUACCUUAUAGUCACUUUCUCGACUUGCCCUCUCACUUCCUCGUCUCUUUGUUUCUUUUCCUCAAAUUGCUUGAGGGAGAAACAACAACAUUCUCUAGAAGGGGAUGUUGAGGAUGAGUGAAAGUAGUUUGAAAUCUUGUGAUGCCAUAAAUACUAAUUGUAACACAAAAUUUGUACUUCUUGUGACACCACAUUAGUUAAAAAUUUCUUGAAGAUUGCUCUUCAUUUCAUGAAAAACAUAUGCCACGGUUUUGUUCCUUAAAAGUUUCAUGAACUUUUUUUUUUUUUUGAUAAUGGUGAAAAAAAGUUUCAUGAACUUUGUUAUUUAUGAACUUUGUUAUUUAUUAUAAUCAAGAAGAGAUACGAGUAUCGAGCAACCACUCAGGCAUCAUUGAAAGGUAAAAUUACUUGUCUGAUUCAAAAUUGUUCGAUGUAUCGGAGUUUUAGAAAACUAUGUAAAAUAUAAUUAGUUUUUUAUUUUGUUUCUCAACUUCUAAAACUAACAACAACAAAAUUAAUAUGUGACAUUUCUCAAAAACAAAAUUCAACUUUUAGUGAUAUUUUAGAAUAACAAAAAUAUUCUUUACUUUCUUUCCAUUGAUGUCGUCCAUUUCUUCUAACAUGUCACCAUUAGUUUAGGAUUCUUUUUUCACAAACUUUUUCAUAUUUUUUCUAACUCUUUUACAAACGUAGGAGAAACCCUGAAUCUCCACUCAGAAUUCCUUCAUUGUCAGAAUCAUUAUUUUCUGGUAUUGUUAUCAUCAUCAGAUAAUUUUUCUGUUCAAUGUUGUGAUUUCUGUUUGGAUUUUCAUUGUUUUUUCUUUGUGAAGAUUCAGGGUCCGAAUUUUCCCUCUUUUGACAUUUUUUGCAUCACCGUAUUGGGUGAAUUCAAUUUUUCGAUAGAACAACGAAAAAAUGACUUUUGUUGCCAGGUGAUUUUGGUCCCAAAGUUCGAGCACACGGUGGAGAGGAAAACAUCAGGAAAUGUUAAACCCGAGGUUUUCAGAAUGAAUGUUGAGAAAGAAGAACAAGAAUUAUCUAUCAUCAUUUCAUCAUUAAUGGUUGAUGAUCAUCAAAAUUGGCUCUCUCAUACGUAUUCCCAAGGUUUUUGUGCGAGAUUAUGGGCUGUAUAUGCUCCAAAGGAGCUCAAGAACAAGAAGAUUUAAGCGCUGACAACAACAACAAUAAGGAUCAAACCAAUCUAAAUGAUAAAUCCUCCAACCAACUUGUUGCUCCUACACCUUGCAAGGCAGAAGAAUACCACGAUCACGAUCCAUCCAACUACUCGUCUCGCAACGCUAGCAAAAGAGCGUCUAGGUUCCAUUCGCGACAAUCAUCCAGAGUCUCUCAUUACAAUCCUAAUGCCAAUGGGAUUGGCAAGAACAACAACAACAAUGGCAGUGUGGGAGACCGAAUGUUCGCCAAUGAGAAAAAGCUCGUCUCGAAAUCAGCUCGACAUCACCAGAGGGGCACGACGAUGGACCUCUCCGGUGGGAGUAACUUCUUCUUCCUGCCUCGUAUGUCUAGAACUUCUAGCAUGCCAUGUGAUGGUGAUGCAGAGAUUGACCCAGGGUGGCCUCAAUGGCUAACCUCGGUCGCUGGUGAUGCUGUUAGAGGUUGGCUGCCGCGGCAGGCCAGCUCGUUCGAGAAGCUAGAAAAGAUUGGACAGGGGACUUACAGUACAGUGUACAGGGCGCGAGACCUUCAGACAGGGAAGAUCGUGGCGAUGAAGAAAGUGCGGUUCGUGAACAUGGACCCCGAAAGUGUUCGAUUCAUGGCGAGGGAGAUCAACAUCUUGAGGAAACUAGACCACCCAAAUGUGAUGAGGCUUGAGUGCAUUGUGACUUCCAGGAUGUCGGAGUGCUUGUACCUCGUCUUCGAGUACAUGGAACAUGACCUUACUGGGCUUGCAAUGAGACCCGGUGUAAGGUUCACCGAGCAGCAGAUCAAAUGUUACAUUCAGCAACUUCUCCUAGGGCUUCAGCAUUGCCACGACCGUGGCAUUCUGCAUCGUGACAUCAAAGGGUCGAACCUCUUGAUCAACAACGACGGAGUUCUGAAGAUUGGAGAUUUCGGAUUGGCCAACUUCUAUCGUGGUUCGCACCAGCAGGGUUUGACGAGUAGGGUGGUGACACUAUGGUACAGGGCACCAGAGCUCUUGCUUGGUGCCACACAGUAUGGAGUUGGGAUUGACCUCUGGAGUGCUGGCUGCAUACUUGCUGAGCUCUUUGCUGGGAAGCACAUCAUGCCUGGAAGAACAGAGGUGGAGCAAAUGCACAAGAUAUUCAAGCUAUGUGGCUCACCAUCAGAAGAGUACUGGCAGAAAACAAAGUUCCCACAUGCAACAACUUUCAAGCCUCAGCAGCCUUACAAGCGCUGUGUUGAAGAGACAUUCAUGAAAUUCCCCCCUUCAGCACUGGCACUUGUAGAUAAGUUGCUGUCCAUCGAGCCGGAAGCUCGAGGAACGGCUGCUUCUGCCCUUGAAAGCCAGUUCUUCAAUACAGAGCCGUUCCCUUGUGCACCUUCAAGCCUACCCAAGUAUCCUCCAAGCAAGGAACUUGAUGCAAAAACCAGAGAAGAGGAAGCAAGAAGACAAAGAGCAGAAGCCAUUAAAAUGAGGGGACCUGAAUCAGGCAAAGGCCAAAGAAACGGCAGAGGUUCAUUACCUGGUGAAGGGCAAGGGAAAGCUACAAACAGCAAUAGCCAUAACUACGAGGAUGAAGCUAAUGGUGGUUACAGGGUUGAGCCUUUAGCAGCAGGAGGAGGGAUGGUGAUGAUCAGGCCAAAUGUUGGUGCUGGUGGUGGCUACACUCACUCAUCUUCCAUGAUCCAUCCCAGUUUUGCCAACAAGAACGAUUUCUCCACUGCGAGCACUGUGAGAAACAGGAACAACAGCAUCAUGACGGAGCUCAGGACACAGAAAUCCUUGGCGCCCCAACAAACAGUCGACAUGACAGUCGCUUGGAGGAAGAACGGUAACAGCAGUGGCGGCUCAUCAUUCAAAAUCAAAGACUCUUCAGUGGUGUAUGUGCCUCCAAGGAAGAACAGGCUCCAUUACUCUGGACCUCUGAUGCCUCCAGGAGGCAACAUGGAAGAGCUUCUGAAGGAGCACGAGCGACAAAUCCAACAAGCCAUCAGGAAAGCAAGAUCUAAAGACAACCUUAUAGAUGAAGAUCACAACAGUAGCUGUGGAGGAUGAUGAUCAUGUGCAUAUAUGCAUACUGUAUAUCCAAAGGCAAACACAACAAAGAUGAAGGGAAAAAACCAGACUUUCAGCCCUUCAGAAAAAGCAAGUAGCCAUAGGAGGAGAGAACAAAAUAGAACCUUAACAGCAACGGUAGUAAGAAGAUUGAUGUAGAAGCUGGCCUUGAAGGACUCUUGUGGGACAAGAAACUAAAUGAUCUAAAGGAGGGUUGUAAUGGUGGGGUUGAAAUGCUGUUGUCUGGAUGUGGAUAAAUCCAAAAGACGAAAUAAGGAUAUGAAGAUUCC